AAUCAAAAUCCUCCUCGCGUUUUCGUUUCCCUUCCCCCAAACCGGGUACCCCGCUCCACCCCCACCAACCCCCGGGCCUUCGCGAGCGGCGGCCGGCGAUGGCGGCGAGCAACAUCGGGAUGAUGGACGGCGCCUACUUCGUCGGGCGCAACGAGAUCCUCGCGUGGAUCAACACCACGCUGCAGCUCGGCCUCUCCAAGGUGGAGGAGGCUGCGUCGGGCGCGGUUGCGUGCCAAUUGAUGGACGCGGCUCAUCCUGGUGCCGUGCCGAUGCAUAAGGUGAACUUCGACGCCAAGACGGAGUACGAGAUGAUCCAGAACUAUAAGGUGCUGCAGGAUGUGUUCAACAAACUCAAGAUCACUAAGCACAUUGAGGUGAACAAACUUAUCAAAGCAAGACCCCUUGACAAUCUGGAGUUCAUGCAAUGGCUUAAACGAUACUGUGAUUCUGUGAAUGGUGGCUUCAUGACCAACUACAAUGCUUCUGAGAGAAGGGAAAGCAGCAAAGGGGGAAAGGAUACCAACAGAAGGGCAUCGGUGCCCUCUCACACCCCGGCCAAGUCUGCAACCACAGGUCACAAGGCUCAAACUUCACAUGGUGCUAAGCGGGCAAGUGGGCAGACGGCUAGUGCACCACCACCACGCAGUGCUAAGCCGUCACCUGCCGCCAACUCUGGUGGACCAGCACCAGCUUAUGAUGAACAAAUAACUGAGCUGAAGCUCCUUGUUGAUAGCCUGGAGAAGGAGAGAGAUUUCUACUUCACCAAGCUGCGGGACAUUGAGAUGCUGUCCCAGAACCCUGAGGUUGAGCACGUUUCGGUCCAAACUAUCCAGAACAUACUCUACGCAUCAGAGGAGGACGCUCAGCAGCUGCCUCCGGCCCUGAGCCCCAUCAUGGAGGCGUCCGAGGAGAGGCCGAAGCAAGAGAUGGCGAACAAGAGGAAGAGCAUCUCGGACCUGGACGAGUUUGGUAUGUCAUCCAGCUCAAGGCAGAGGCUCUCCGACAUCUCGGACGUGCAGCUGUGCGGUUCGCCACUGACGAGUUUCAGCUGAAGGAACUUAACUGUCAUUGCUACAAAAUGGGGCUUGUCAUUGCUGUCAUGACUUGGUCCUUCUGAACUUGGGUGUCUCGUCUAGCUUUUGGAUUGGUUUGUGGUUUAGUCUUUCAUGUGUUGUGUGGUGAUGUGUAAUGUCGUUUGCGCUUCGCAAGGUAUAUUGAUCCAAGUUACCUGCCACAGAAUUUGUGGCCAUUUGCUACCCAUUCCUGCUACGAUGCUCUGUUGGAUAGAACUGUUUGUCUGGUGGUGU